AUGAAGUUCACUCUAGGAAGCCUGCCCCUCUGGCUUCUAUGCCUCGUCCAAUGGACAUCUGCGGCUACGGUGUUCUUUCCAGUUACCUUGACGUGGUCGAACAGAACCGUCGCAGGAGUGUCUAGACCAGUGAUAUCUACAAAUGGCCAGUUUCCUGGUCCCCCGCUGCGGAUUAACCAGGGCGAUAAUGUUGAGUUCCUCGUUGAUAACCGGUGCCCGUUCAAUACAACUAUACACUUCCAUGGAAUAGAGCAGCUGGGAACUCCUUGGUCUGAUGGAGUCCCAGGUGUCUCCCAGAGAUCCAUCAGACCGAACACUUCGUUCCUGUAUAGAUGGACAGCAACUGAGUACGGGGCUUAUUGGUAUCAUGCUCAUCACCGUGGCUCUCUCGAAGAUGGCCUUUAUGGACCAAUCUAUAUCACCCCUGCCUCCUCGGUGCAAAAGCCUUUCAGUCUUAUCACAACCAAUCCUGCUCAGCUGAGAGCUAUGAUCCAAGCGGAGAGUGUGACCUGUCCCGUCUUGCUUUCGGAAUGGCGUGUCCUCACGUCGGAGGAGAUUUGGGCUGCCGAGUUGGCCUCUGGCACAGAUUCAUUCUGUGCGAAUGCUUUGCUCAUUAACGGGAAAGGGUCCAUCACCUGCCUGCCACGUGCCGAGAUUGAUGCCCUGACAACACCCGUUCAGAAAACGAGCCUGGGUGAUGAACUAAGAUUAACAGAUAUGGCAUGCUUCCCUCCCAAUAUCACCGAAACAGUAUUCAAUUUCCCACAUAACUACGAUGUCAUCCCCCCAACCAUGUUCGAAGGCUGCGUACCAUCUCAAGGUCCCCAAGAAAUCUUCACUGUCAACGCAGCCCAGCAAUACGUAAGCUGGGAUCUCACCAGCACAGCCGGCCUACUAGAGCUCACCUUCUCAAUCGACGAGCAUGACAUGUGGGUAUACGCCAUCGACGGACGCUACAUCCAGCCCCGAAAAGUCAACGCAGUCACCAUCCCAAACUCAAACCGCUACUCGGUGCUGAUCCCCCUCACCCAAGCAGCGGGAGACUACACCGUGCGGAUUGUCAGUGCCAGCAUAAACCAGAUCCUCAACACGACCGCAAUAAUGCGAUACCAAGGCUUGCCGCAGCAAAGCCGUCCAUCCAACCCAUGGAUCCAAAUCAACAACGAACCCGCCAGAACAGACACCGUCUUCCUACACGAGGCCCGCGUCGUCCCGUUCCCGGCACUCGUCCCGUCAAACGAUAUAGCACAAACCUUCUUCCUGCACAUCAACCAAGUCGGCGCCGCGUACCGCUGGAGACUCGGUAAUACCAGCUACGGCCUCGAGCUCGAGGAAGCACAGCCAUUGCUUUUCAAUCAGAACUCCAUUCCCAGUGACUUGAUCAUCAGGACGAAGAAUAAUACCUGGAUCGACUUGAUUCUUCAGACGGAUACCAUUCUGCAGCCUCCGCAUCCGAUUCACAAGCACUCGAAUAAGCAUUUCAUCAUCGGUCAGGGAAAUGGGACUUUCAGUUGGGGUUCCGUCGCGGAAGCGGUACAGGCUGUUCCUGGUAGCUUCAAUCUGCAGACGCCGCAGUAUCGUGAUACCUUCCAUACCUUGCCGGCUGUCACGGGUUUGACUUGGACGGCUAUCAGGUAUCAUGUUGUUAAUCCCGGUGCGUUCUUGAUGCAUUGUCAUAUUCAGGUUCAUCAGAGUGGGGGCAUGGUUUUGGCGAUGUUGGAUGGGGUCGAUGUUUGGCCUACUGUCCCACCGGCUUAUUCGAUUGCUGCUGGGUUUUAG